AUGGAUUCCAUUCCAGGAAACAUUGGGAACCUGUCAAAGCUGGAGGAACUGUAUCUUGGUCACAACAAUUUUACCGGUGUUUUACCUAAAACACUCUUCAAUAUUUCUUCUCUGAGGAUUUUAAAAGCUGGGAGGAAUAUGUUAUCAGGGGGUCUUCCUUGGGACAUGUGCAAGAAUACAGAGAAUCUUGAAGUUUUGUCUUUGUUUAGAAACUUCCUUUCCGGGCAUAUCCCGUCUACUAUGUCUUAUUGUCAAUCGCUGCAAAUUCUCAACCUGGAACAUAACAAUAUCCACGGGCGAAUUCCAGCUGAUAUAUGGAAUACGUCUUCGCUUCAGUCCUUGUAUCUGUGGACCAACAACUUAACAGGGAAGUUAGAUCUGAGUUCAGGAAAUUCCUCCAUUCUGACGACGUUAACUUUAGGAAUCAAUGGAUUCUAUGGUAGCUUGCCAAAUGAUCUUGGUUUCCGGUAUCCAAACUUGGAGUUCCUGCAGCUCAAUGAUAACAAGCUUACCGGGGAAAUCCCUUCUACUCUUUCACAUUGCACCGCAUUCCUAUAUAUGGACUUGAACUCUAAUAACUUCACAGGAGGCGUACCAGCCGACAUUUGGAACGUGUCGUCGCUGCAAUAUCUGUCUCUCUCUAACAACAGCCUGACAGGAGAACUACCUCUGGCUUCUUCAAACCUCUCAGCCCUACAGACCUUUGAUGUUUUCGGAAAUGGAUUCUCUGGUAGCUUACCCCAAGAUUUGUGUUUCAGAUAUCCCUUUCUGGAUUGGCUGAACCUUCAAAGAAACCAAUUUUAUGGGCCAAUCCCUUCCAGCAUAUCACAUUGUAGUGCCAUUGGCACCAUUGAUUUAAGUGAGAACAAGUUCACAGGUAGUUUGCCAAGUGUUAUGGGGAGGAACUUAUCAAUGCUUCAGAAUUUAGUACUUGCUGAAAAUAAGUUCACUGGUCUUGUUCCUCCAUCUAUUGGGAACAUGUCAAACUUAUGGAUGCUGGAUUUGAGUCAAAAUCAAUUAUCUGGCAAGAUUCCUCCAGAGUUGGCACAGCUUCCGAAUUUGGAUGGGUUUUCCCUUCGUGAGAACCAAAUGAACGGCGAAAUCCCGGCCGAGUUAGGGCGCCUGGCGAGUAUUGGAAGAUUAUACCUGCAAUCAAACCAGCUAACUGGCAAGAUCCCUCCAUCUAUAUUUAACAUCUCAACAUUACAUGAGUUGGACCUUUCCAGGAACCAGCUUAGCGGCGAAAUCCUGGCUGAGCAAGGGCAGUCGGCCCGUAUCGAGAAGUUACAUCUGAAGUCAAAUAACCUAACUGGCAAAAUCCCAUCUUUUAUAUUUAACCUUACAACCUUACAAGAACUGACCCUUUCCAUGAACCAACUUGUGGGCAUUGUUCCACCGGUUUCUGGAUCCUGA